AUGACGUCUCAAGGUGGUGUACAGAUCAAGAUUAUCGAAGCACGUGGCAUUCUAGCAGCUACUAGCAGUGGUACAAGUGAUUCAUAUAUUACAGUGAUGCUCUUGGAUUCAAAGGGUAUGGAAUUAGAGGCUGGUGGGAGGUUGAAAACGAAAAGUAUCAAGAAAACACUCACGCCACAGUGGAAUGAGACGUUUGUGAUUGGCGAUCGACUGGAUUUACGUGUUGCUACGACGCUACGGCUACUAUUGAGUGAUUCUGAUGGUGCUUUCUAUAGUGACAAUGUAUUGGGUGUUGUUGACAUUCCUGUGGCGAUCUUACUGGGACUACACGAGCCAUUGGAUAAUUGGUUUCAGUUAACGAAACAUACCAAGAUGAAAAAGGAUUCAAAAGGUGAAUUACAUCUUGUACUUGAACGACUCGUGUCAGAGGAAAUGGUCAGUGGUGGUAGAGGUACAGGUGUCAAUAUUGACACGACAUUUGAGACGAAACAGUCGGUAGGGUCCAUGAAGAGCAACGAGCCUCCAAACUUACUCUACGUGACAUUGAAAUCAGGCAAAAAUCUACUUGGAAUGGAUAAUAAUGGCACUACAAGUGAUCCCAUGGUGAUUUUUACUUUUGAUGGACAGAAACAUGAGUCAAUGAAGAAGGAGAAAACGCUACGACCGCAAUGGAAUGAAAAGUUUGCAUUUUUUGCGCCAAAUAUAAAGAAAAAUCUUGCAGUGUUGGUGGAAGAUUAUGAUAUCACCAUUAAUGACUUUAUGGGUAAAGCAGAAAUUUCGCUAAAGGAUUUGAUUCCGAAUGUGGAGAAGAAUGUGACGGUAGAACUUGGUGGUAAGAGAGGCAAAAAGGACAAGUUACAACGUGGUGUUAUUCUGCUCACGCUAUUGUGGACAUACGCACCUGAUGCGCACGAUAUUGCAGUGAAGAAGAAAAAGUCGUCGUUUUUGCCGACGUUUGGUGUUCCGGAUAAAGACUACGACUCGAGUGACGACGAUGGCGUCGAGAUUGACGACAGUACCGCUAACAAGAAGUCGGAAGACGAGCUGAAGAAGGAGAGACAAGAGAAGGCAGAAAAACAGGCGGCGUUAAUGAGCGAGCUUAGCAGCUUUGAAAUCAAGUCUGGUGACUACAAUGUGCAGGUGCACGUUAUUGAAGCACGUGACCUAGUGCCGAAGGAUUCUACCGGUACCUCAGACCCAGUCGUGUAUGUUGAAGCAUUUGGCGAGAAACAGCAAACUGCUGUAAAAAAACAGGUGCUGAGCUGUUUUUGGGACGACCUGUUGAUCUUUUCGUUCCGUAACUUGGACAAGUCCGAAGUGGAAAUGGGAUACAUCCGUUUAAGCGUCAUGGAUGCUAAUACACUCCAACGUGCAGAACUGAUUGGUGGAGCACAGUUUGACGUGUCGUACAUUUACUCCCAGGCGAAUCAUCAACUAGCAAAUGUCUGGAUCGGUCUUACAGACAUUUCGAACACGACAAACCAAGGUAUUCAAGGAUACCUGCGAGCGUCAAUUUCAAUCAUUGGGCCAGGGGAUAAACUCGUUCCGCCUCCCUCGCCGUUCGGCGAAGGUGCGAUAACUGACAUGAACAAUGUCAUUAUGCCGCCAAGCGUGACGCAGCAGGUUUAUUUUGUAGGAGCAACUAUUCACGUGGCUGAGCACUUACCGCCCAUGGAUGUAGCUGUUGUCGGUAGAGGUGGUCUAGAUGCGUACAUUAAGGGAUCCAUUGCUGGUGGGGACGCAAUUCGAACUCGUGUGCGCACCAAGAAAGGUCGGCGUGACGAGCUUUGCCCGAGCUUCAACGAGGAACUGAUGCUGGUUAUUCGUGAGCCAUCCAUGGCUGAUUCUAUUCAGCUUGGUGUCUUUGAUUGGGAUCAAGUGGGAUCUGACGAGUUGGUGGGAUAUGUGUACCAGAGCGUAAAACUCGUGAAGGCAAUGGGUGGUAGAAUUCGACCCUUUUGGGCCAACAUUUAUGGAGCACCUCUGCGUUUGAAGUCAGUGGGCGUUCGAGAUUCCAUGAAAAAGCAGAUGAACAUGUAUCCCGAUAUUGCCAGCACGUACCGCGGUCGUCUUCUUAUCAGUAUGCGCAUUUUAACAAACGACGACAACCAGUUUGAUGAAACCAAUCAGAAGCGUAACACAAAGCGUCUUCCGCGGAACUUGUACCCUCGAGAGCGUAUUUAUCGUAUGCGAGCUCACUUUGUGUGGGGCAGUGAGAUUCCAUCAUUUUUGAGCUCUAAACGUCCUGGUCAAAAGUCAAAGAUGCAGCUAGUGAUGGCGUGUGGUCUAAACGAAAUUGCAUCUUCUCGAAACCGGAAUGUAAACGGCGUAGUCGAGUGGAAUGAUAUGGAAGAGAGUGAGAAGAUGUUGCUCCCUGAAGACCUAUCUCAAGUACCGGAUAUUUUCUUGUAUCUGUGCAAAGGAGAAGGUGAUACCCGAAAGGCUGUGUGCUUUCGCCGCUUCACUGCGAAAGAGCUUUUGGAGGACCGUGGUGGGUUCAACAGCGACGUAGAAUGGAUUUUAAUGAAGGAAGACCAAGCAAUUGAUGCACUAGAAGAUGAAACGUUCCCAGGUAACGUGUUGGUUCGCAUGGGCUUUGGAACAGAGGAAAUGGCGAUAAAGACGUCGUGGGAUCGCUCGGACCUGGACAUAGUGAACAAACGGGUCCCGUACCAGCUUCGCGUUCAUAUUUACCAGGGUCGCCGUCUUCCACCAGCCGAUUCAAACGGAUUAUUGGAUCCGUUCCUUAUUAUCCGGUGCACGGGUGAAAAAGAGAAAAUGACUUCGAAAAAGAGAAAGACCAGGGACCCUCUAUGGUACGAAACCAUUUAUUUUGAUGUGAAUUUGCCGGGGCUGAAGUAUGCGCCUCAAGUGAUGCUGCGCGUUAUGGAUUACGACGACUUUGACAGCAAUGAUUUUGUUGGCCUGGUUGCGCUCAACCUCUUAGAGGCACAUAUUCGCACGUCGGAGCAGCUGUCGAGCGGGAGCGGGUCAACAUUACCGGACCCCAAGUGGCAUUCAAUCAUGUUCCAGGAGCCUGGCGAUUGCGAAGGCGAGAUUCUAGCAUCUUUAGAGCUUGUUCGCAAACAGUUUCCUGAUGAAAAGGUGCCUCGAGCGCUUCCGAUCUUGCCGAGGAAUCGCAAGGCAUUUUUGGAAAUUACCGUGCUUGGUCUUCGCAACAUGGAGCCGUAUCACUUUUUGCCCAUCCAGCUUCCGUUUAUCGAAUUCGUGCUCGGUGGCAAGGAACACGCGUCUCAGGAAAUGAUCACUGAAAAGUCGAAGCGACCGUCUGGAAGUAACCCAAACUUCCUGCAACGCAUUAUAAAAGAGGUUGAUCUACCUGAAAAUGCGCAUUUUGCGCCUCGACUGAACAUCAUCGUGAAAGACACGCGUCUCGGAGGUUUCCAGACGCCAAUAAUCGGCUCUGCUUCCAUUGAAAUGAGCUCAAAGAUUCCGUGGUCAAAGCACUACCGUCCGCCUCAAAAUGACACGCUUGCUGAGAUUGAGCUGGAAUCUGCAGAUGAGUGGGAAGAUGAUGCGCCUUUGCUCGGAAAAGUAGCUAGGGGUAAUGACUUUGCGUCGUUGGAAUCGAUUGAUAAUGGAGCUGGUGUAUUUGGGGCGCUAAAGAGUAUGGGUAUUGAACUUGACCCCAAUGGAACCUUUGACCGCGCUUCGUCUCGCCGAUCGACACUAGGGGGUGAGGAAGAUGACUUGGAGUCAAAGAAAUAUCUCAAGCACCGUGAGCUACUGGAUGGCGAACUGGAGUCGGAGUUAAAAACGACACCUUUUGAAAAGUAUGGCUUGCACAUUGGUCAAAAGAAGAAAAAGUCGUCUCUCCUGACAGCCAUAAAUCCGUUUGCGAAGAAGUCGCGGGGACUUGGAAACGACGUUGGUAUGUACAAGAUGGCUGGGUAUUUCAAGGGUUUAAUCCGUGUCAUUGAACGUGAGGACGAGAAGCCGUUGUUUGACUUUAACACGUUGCUUCAGACACUGCCGUAUGAAGUCCGCGUGUAUGUCUUAGACGGAGUUGGUUUUGCGCCGAUGGAUCUUGGUUUGAAUGGCCGUCCAGGCAAAUCUGAUCCUUAUCUGCGCUUGACACUUGGUAACAAGAAGCUCAGUGAUCGUAAGAACUAUAUCAAAGACACAACCGAACCCGAUUUUUACAAGAUGUUCAUACUUAAUUCGACGUUCCCAGGUGCGAGUAUUCUAACAAUUGAAGCUAUGGACCAUGACCUGAUUGGAGGUGAUGAUUUGAUUGGUAAGACCACGAUUGACCUUGAGGAUCGUCUGUUUGAUAAAAGAUGGCAAGCGAUGGGAAAAAUGUACGAAACUUCGUCUCGACUGCGGUUGAAGCCGCUAGAGACCCGAACUAUGAACAUUCCAACGUCUCGAGCUCCGAUGGGCACGAUUAAGCUAUGGAUCGACAUUUUAAGUCCGGCUCAAGCUCACGACUAUCCUCCUAUCGAUAUUUCUCUGCCUCCACCAGUCGACAUGGAGCUACGCGUGGUGGUAUGGAAGGCACGUAAUGUUCCUUCGUUCGAUUCAAUGGAAGACAUGAAUGAUUUGUUUUUUCGCUGUUGGAUGGAAGGGUCUAAGUACCAAGAAACUGAUAUCCAUUGGCGUGCUAAGAAGGGCAAGGGCUCGUUCAAUUGGCGCAUGAAGUUUCCUAUCACUCUUGGUCACAAACAAACCAACACGAAGAUACCGUAUUUCCACAUCCAAGGCUGGGAUAAGGACGUGCUCUCUGCGAACGAUGCGAUUGGCGAGCACACAUUAGAUCUUGGACCUUCGUUUCGCCAAGCUUACAAACUCAAGUCGAAUGUCCAGGUCUACGAAGAUGAUGAAGAGACGAAGAAGAAGAAAAAUAAGGCGCUUUCUGACGAUGAUGCUGCGGUUAAGAAGAUUAGAGAGGCUACUGGUCUUUGGGACGAUGAUGAUCCACCAGAUUCGAAAUGGCUGAAGCUGGAAAGCCUUGAUCACAAGACUAACACACGCAACUUUAUGGGUGAGGUGUGUGUCUCGCUCGAGUUGGUUCCUGCGGAGACUGCGAAAAAGAAUCCUGUGGGUCAGGGUCGUUCGUCACCAAACAACUCGCCCUACUUACCUCCUCCUGCCGGACGUCUUUCGUUCUCACUCAACCCGUUCAAAGUACUCAACGAUCUGCUGGGGCCGUCGAUCUGCAAUCGGCUCAUGUGCUGCUUCUGCUGCAUCCUUUUCAUGGUGCUAGUCUACUUCUUGGCACCGUUUAUCAAUGUGGCAAUUAUUACGCUAAAAAAGUAA